GGUCAGUUAAGGAGUGGCUUGAUAUUGAGUGAAUGUAAUAUAAGAAGAUAGAAUGUAUAGAUAAAUAAAAUUCCACGAAAAACACAAUGAAUAGCCUUAUUGAGUGAGACAACGUACCUCCUGCUUAUUACAACUAUAAAACUAGGAAUUUAAAAUCAAUUUUAAAUUCAUGCAAGAGAACUUGAGGUUCGAUAUCUCCAACUGAAAACCUCGAAACAAACUUACUCAGGUGAAAACCUUAAAACUCAAACUUAUCCAACUGAAAACUUCUGAUUCAACUGAUUCAAGACAUGGAUGUAAAUAAGAUUAUAAGCAAGAUUCAGAAUGGAGACUUUAAAGAUGUGAAACGAUUUAUCAAAAAAAAUCCUGAUAAAGUUAACCAAGCAACUUCAAAUGGUGUUACAUUCCUCAUGGCUGCUUGUGAACAAGGCAACGAAAGGUUAAUAACCUUAUUGACAAAAUCUGGCGCUGAUCUCAACAUCAGCGAUAAAGACAAGAGGACAGCAUUACAUUAUGCUGUGAAAAACCAUCAAAUUGAUGCGGUGGCCUUCUUAGUUUCCAGGGGAGCAAAUGUUAAUAAGCAGGAUUCACAGGGUAGCACACCUCUACAUUGGGCUGUUGAGAAGAACUAUGAAGAUGUAGUCAAAGUCCUGUUAAAUACCAAAGGAAAUAACAUUUUACAGGUUAAUCAGCGAAGUAGUGAUGGUUCGACACCUCUACAUCUUGCCUGUGCAGUUGGACACACACAAAUUGUAAAACUUCUUCUGCAACACAAUGGCACGGAUGUCAAUGCUGUGGAGGUAAAUGGUUGUACACCUCUACAUCUUGCCUGUCAGAGCAGGUACACAGACAUUAUUAAACUUCUUCUACAACAAAAUAGCACAGAUGUCAGUGCUGUGACCAAUCAUGGUUCGACAGCACUGCAUCUUGCCUGCCAAUAUGAACGCACAGAAACAGUAAAACUUCUCCUACAACACAAUUGCACAGCUGUCUGUGCUGUGACCAACCAUGGUUCAACACCUUUACACGUUGCCUCUUUUCAUGGACGUACGGACAAUGUAAAACUUCUCCUGCAACAAGAUGGCACUGAUGUCAAUGCUGUGACCAAAGAUGGUGACACUCCUCUCCAUCUGGCAGCUGAAAACCAUCAAAUUGAUGCGGUGGCCUUCUUAGUUUCCAGGGGAGCAAAUGUUAAUAAGCAGGAUUCACAGGGUAGCACACCUCUACAUUGGGCUGUUGAGAAGAACUAUGAAGAUGUAGUCAAAGUCCUGUUAAAUACCAAAGGAAAUAACAUUUUACAGGUUAAUCAGCGAAAUAAUAUCGGUUCGACACCUCUACUUGUUGCCUGUGCAGUUGGACACACACAAAUUGUAAAACUUCUUCUGCAACACAAUGGCACUGACGUCUGUGCUGUGGAUGAAGAUGGUUGGACAGCUCUACAUAUUGCCUCUUUUCAUAAACACAUACACACUGUUGACCUUCUUCUGCAACAAAAGGGCACUGAUGUCAAUGCUGUGACCAAAGAUGAUGACACCCCUCUACAUAUUGCCUCUUUUCAUGGACGUACGGACAAUGUAAAACUUCUCCUGCAACACAAUGGCAUCGAUACCAAUAAGGUGGCCAAAGAUGGUGACACUCCUCUCCAUCUGGCAGCUCAAAAGCAACGCUAUGGUGUGGUAUCGUUGAUGCUGGCCCAGGCUUCAGUGAAACUGGAUAUUAGGAACCAUCAAAAAAUAACACCCUUACUGGAAGCCGUCUCCAGGGCCCACCUCGGAAUAGUCCAUAAAUUGAUCACGCACGGUGCAAACAUAAAUGCUGUCGACAAUGAUGGCAAUAAUUGUUUGCACCUUUCCAUAAUAAAGAAAGAGAUGUUUCAUUCUGAGGUGGAACACAUUCACAUUUUAGAUGAGUGCUAUGCUAAGCUUGGGUUGCCGAUCGAAAAGAGGCUCUCUGGUGUAGGAGUCGCUAGCUAUCUAGCCCACCAGGGGGCCAACUUGUACAGCAAAAAUAACAAGAAUGUAGCUCCAUUGGACCUCAUUGGGAAUGCAGAUUUGAAAGAAAAAUUUAAAGUAUUAUUCCUGCCACCACAAUGUAUGCUUUGUGAAGUGAAUGAAGCCAACAUGGAGUUACAACCCUGUGCACAUACUGUUUUAUGUGAAGAUUGUAGCAAACUUCAACUUAUAAGAUGCCCCAAGUGUAAAACAUUUAUAAAAAGCAAAAGGAGAGUUGAGAGUUCAAAGUCUGAAGAAGAAGCAGCCCAGGCAGUUGCAGAGUCUGUUGUGUGUCCAAAGUCUGAAGAGAAAGUAGUCCAGGCGGUUGUAGAAUCUAUUGUAUGUCCGAUGUGUAAAGAAAAAGCAGUCAAGGUGGGUGCAGAGUCUGUUGUGUGUCGAAAGUGUGAAGAAAAAGCAGUUAAGACGGUUGCAGAAUCUAUUGAAUAUCCGUUUGAAGAAAAAGCAGUCAAGACGGUUGUAGAAUCUGUUGUGUGUCUGAUGUGUAAAGAAAAAGCAGUCAAGACGGUUGUAGAAUCUGUUGUGUGUCCAAAGUCUGAAAAGAAAGUAGUCAAGGCGGUUGUAGAAUCUGUUGAGUGUCCAAAGUGUGAAGAAGAAGCAGUCAAGACGGUUGUAGAAUCUGUUGUGUGUCCAAAGUUUGAAGAAAAAGCAGUCAAGACGAUUGUAGAAUCUGUUGGUGAGU